UUCAACCUCUAUGAAGAGCCAAAAUUCAUAACGCCUCUUUCUCGAUUCUCCAAGAUCCAUUCCAACUAUCUUCAGGUAUCGUGUUAACACUCAAACUUCCUUCCAUUUGUUCAUCACUUAUCCCGUUUCUAGAUUUCUCUCAUGGAUUCACCGUCACAAUUCGACCCCAACCUCAUCAUUUCUCACAAAUUUCCCGAGACGACAGUGACAUAUACUGAGAGAGAUUCAGCUCUAUAUGCUCUUGGAGUUGGAGCUUGUGCUAAAGAUGCUUUGGAUGAGAAUGAACUUAAAUAUGUUUAUCAUCAAAACGGACAGAAGUAUAUUCAGGUGCUUCCAACUUUCGCAGCUUUAUUUUCUCUAGAUCUUACUUCUGAACUUACUCGCAUCCGAGGAUUUCAAUUUGAUCCUCGUCUUCUUUUGCAUGGACAACAAUAUAUAGAAAUUUACAAGCCGCUUCCAUCAGCUGGCACUAUACUAAGCAAAGCAUGUGUAUCUGGACUGCACGACAAAGGUAAAGCAACUAUUGUUGAGAUAGAGAUCGUAAGCUAUGACAAAAUGACAAAUGAACCACUCUGCAUGAACAGAAUGUCUGUUUAUCUGAGAGGAACGGGUGGUUUUUCAAAAUCAUCUACUCCCUAUUCCUAUUCCAAAAAUCCACCUAACCAGAACAUAACUCCUAAAAUUCCCCAAACUCAGCCUUUUGCAGUUCAUGAGGAGUGCACUCAUCCAGCUCAGGCAUUGCUGUACAGGCUAUCUGGUGACUAUAAUCCAUUGCACUCCGAUCCUACGAUAGCAGAAGUGGCAGGAUUUAGUAGGCCAAUAUUGCAUGGAUUGUGCAGUCUUGGUUUUGCAGUAAGAAGUAUCAUAAAAUGUGUGUGCAAGGGAGAUCCAAACAUGGUGAGAAGUAUAUCUGGUCGAUUUCUUCUACAUGUAUAUCCAGGGGAGACGUUGAUUACUGAGAUGUGGCUUCAAAAUUCCGGGGUGGUGAUAUACCAGGUGAAAGUAAAAGAGAGAGGUAAGGCUGUGCUUUCUGGAAUUGUUGGUCUCAACCAGAUAGAACCAUCUCUCUGAGAGAGAUUGGGGAUAAUAAAUUAUAAUAAAAGAUUUUUACAAUACUUGUUCUUUUAUGCAAUUUGAUAUAUACUUUCAAGAU